AUCAAUUGCCCAGAUUCUCGUCAUCUAUACCAGUUGGAAGGAUGUCGAACGCUUCGUGGCUUCAGAUCCCACGGGAUUCUCCCUUCUCUCUUGCCAAUAUCCCCUUUGGUAUCAUCUCGACAGCUGGAUCGACUGACCCCCGUCCGGCCGUUGCUAUCGGAGAAUAUGCAUUGGACCUCUUCGCCUUCUCCUCUGCCGGUGGCUUCUCUAAGCUCCCAUCUUUCUCACCACACGUCGAUGUCUUCGCCAAGCCGACCCUGAACGACUUUGCCGCCUUGGGCAGACCAGUUCACCGUGAGGUCAGAGGGUACCUGCAGGAUGUCUUCCGUGAAUCUACUUCAUACCCAGAGAUCCUUAAGACCAACGAGGACCUCAAGAAGAAGGCUCUCCUCCCGCUGAAGGACGUCACCAACCAUGUGCCCAUGAGAAUUGGUGACUACACCGAUUUCUACGCCGGCCUCAACCAUGCAUUCAACGUCGGAGUCCUGUUCCGCGGGCCUGACAAUGCCCUCCAGCCAAACUACAAGCAUCUUCCCGUUGGAUAUCACGGACGUGCUUCCUCCGUCAUCGUCUCUGGUCAGCCCGUUCGCAGACCGAACGGCCAGAUCUUGGCUAACCCCGCCGCUACGCCAAAGGUCCCAGUCUUCUCCCCUUGCAAGAAGCUUGACAUUGAGCUUGAAUUGGCAGUCUUUGUCGGCAAGGGAAACAAGAUGGGUGAGCCAAUCUCCAUUGAGCAGGCCGAAGAUCACUUGUUCGGUGUCGUCUUGAUGAACGACUGGUCAGCUCGUGACAUCCAGGCAUGGGAGUACAUUCCACUCGGCCCAUUCAACUCCAAGAACUUUGCUACUUCCAUCACUCCCUGGGUUGUCCUCAUGGACGCCCUCGAGCCAUUCCGCUCCACCGGCCUCGCUGCUGAAGAAGGCUUGGAUAACUUGCUUCCUUAUCUCCGCGAGAAGAGAGCUGAGAACGUGUACGACAUGCAGCUUCAAUUCGACCUCAAGCCGGCAAACAGCAGUACCACCACCACGGUGGCCAAGACAAACGCAAAGAACUUGCUCUACUCUUUCGCCCAGAUGCUUACGCACCACUCUGUAACCGGGUGCAACAUGAACACUGGCGACUUACUUGGUAGUGGAACCAUCUCCGGGAAGGAGACCGGAACCCUUGGAAGUUUGUUGGAGAACACCCAAGGUGGCAAGCAGCCAUUCAAAUUGGCAGAUGGCACCGACCGUGUCUUCCUCGAGGACGGUGACGAGGUUACCCUUAAGGGCAUGUGUGGUGAAGAAGGAAGCUAUGUAGGCUUUGGAGAUUGCACCGCUACCAUUCUCCCUGCUCCCGCCAUCAACUAG